UAGUGCCCCAUCGCUGGAUUUCUUGGAUAGCCCCGAAAUCCCGGGUUGUCUUUCGUUGUUUUCUGGCGGUAGGUUGGGGUUUUCGUUGUUCUGGCUUCUUGAGCUGUUGCGGAAUUGUAUGGGCUAUUAUUCUUGUUCACGAGAACUCACGUAAAUAUGGGCGCACGAUGCCACUUUCCCACCUAGGAUGGUGUAUUUUUAUAUACCCCCUUUUUACCUAGGUCCGUAGCGCACUGAAGUCUGUAAUGAUAUUCAAUACUGAUUCUCUCUGAGCUAGGGCUAAAUGGUGCCAGAACCAUCAGACAGAAUAAGCGGCUAUAGUCCGAUUGAGAAAAAUCCUUGAGGGAGGGCAGAGAAUCGAGUGAGUUCCUAUGAUAACAUUACUAUCGCCCCUGACCGUAAAGUGUCAUCCUGCCCAGCAAAAGUCGAGUACAUGUAAUCCCCCUCCUCUCGAGUUCAUUGGCCGUGCCAUAUUGACAGCUCGUGCUCAAGGUACUGAAAUUAUGUUCUAAAUUUUUUUUAAUUUUUUUCCCUUCCUUCUCCAAGUUAUGCUGUAAGGUUAGGGGAUAACCUACUCGGAACAGUAUUACCCAAACACUGGCUCGGUGGGCUAAUUGUGACUAUCGAGGGUUGGAUUUCUUCUUCAAGAGGAGGAUGCGUAAAUAUCGAUCACUGAUCGCUAAUGGAGAGAUCCAUUCGUGGCUGCUGGGGAAGCACUGUACCUGGGGCGGGGAUGUCGGGGAAAGUGCGCAGCUUGGCUGCGCAGAAGGCGGGGUUUAGAAGGAAGGUGUCACGGGUUCUAACUUCCGAAUGGGCCGCGGAAGGCUUGUUGGACAUGCUACAUUGACGGGUAUGGUUACGUCCGCAAAGUUCCCUUGUCCUUCCAGGCGUUGUACCAUACUACUGCCUUAGAAACCUUUCGAUAGCCUUCUCUUUCUAUUGUUCAGUAAAACAGAUUGCGACAACGGUACACUGUCUCUAGGGGCUUAUCCGGAGGUACUGUGGUUAUAUGAAAGGCUCUUGCUGUUGUUUUGUUGUUAUCGUUAUCCCACUUGAGGCGCAAGAUGGGGGGGUAUGGGAAACUUACGGAUGUGGCUGCAUAUAACGGAAGACCCUACAUUGAUAGGUGUGCAAUGGAGGACUACAGGCGAUAUCGAUAACUUAUCAUAGCCGCCUGUAGGGCACUGUGUCGUCAGGUGUGCAGAAUACAGGCGCUCUUCCAUCCCUCCCGCACUUCUCCAGUGAUACUCUAUGAACAUCUACCCCAUCCGGCCCCUGAACCCUCUAGGUUUCAUCUAAAGGUCCAAUACAUGGUAUGAUAAUUAUGUUAAAAGGUCGUUAAGGCUCAAAUAUCCGAGCAAGGACAAAAUAAAAUAAGAGAGUUCAGGAGCUGGGAUUGCUAUAUGGCUGCACACCGAGGCAUAAUAACCUCUCGACACGACGCUUGUUUACCGCACCAUAACUCGCUCCAGUCAGUACCGUACCCACCCGGCUCGAGACCGCCUCAAAGCGGACGGGAUACGAAACCUUCACCCGCCUAUGGCCAAAAACAAUGAAUCGGUGAGAAGUCGUCACUACUAGGAAAGUGUAGCCCAGAACCUAACCUAGUCACAAAGAAUACCAAUGUGUUUGGCCGCAGAAGGAUGGAGGUUUCACAUCCCCCUCUCUGGCCACCAAGCACUACUCGAGUAGAUACAUGCCUGGGAUUGUCCUCUAGUGUGAAAGAUACAGUGUCGUUUCGAGGGAAGCAAGCGGGUCGGCAUAACUUUCCUUCUUUCUCUCUCUGAAUGGCCCUGGAUCACGGUUUGAGACAAAAGCCCCGAUUCUGGGUGGUUGGGAGAGGUUUUUCCCUCGAUCAGACAAACAUCCGCGUGGGCCCGCCGGUUUCACCGAAGAAAGAUGACAGAGUCAGCAGGAUCAGCGGCCGCCAAAACGACUUUAGAUAAUUAACUGGAUAGGGUAUUUUUCGCUCCUGGUUCGCGCUCUCCUGUCGAGAUGGCUCUGGAAUUCUGAGGCGCUUCAAACGCAUCCUCCCCCCUAGCAAUAGUUUCAAGCCAGUGUUUCCCUGUAAAAGGUAUUAAGACAGGUGUUUCAGUAUGAGAAGCGGUGUGCACGAGUAGAGGACGUGGCAACUACUCUGGUGCAAUUAUACGAAACACCAGUGCGUAAGUUUGACCUGAUUUACAAUCCGUCGUAGUAUUCCCAAUAUCAAAUCUGUCCGGAUAACUGUGUGCGGUAACAUUCUGAGUAGCCCCUCAAUCGCCACCCAAUUGGAUCUCACAGCGUCAACCGCUAUCAAAUGUUCCAUGCAUUUUGAUGUGAUCGAUAAGACCAGCCGAAACUUUGGAACAUGAGUAAAUGCUCAGCUGUGUGGUUUGGCCAAUUGGCCCUUACCCCAAAAUUUGGAAUCAUGAUAGCAUAAGGAUCCUCUUUAUGAUAUAUCAAGACAUGCAGCGCCGGUAGCGCUUAGCAAGUCAAAUAUUUAUGCGCAGGAAAUUUGAAGUGCAUACCAACCCUGAAAAGGCAAGCCGAUAGCUGAAUUAGCAAUGCGAGUGGGAGUUCAGUUGUGAUGCCGUAUUGGGAUAGUCCUCCCAAAAAGUUAUCCUGGAAUUUUUAAGUUUCUAAAGUCUUGCAUCGGUUUGUUCGACGUAUCAGCAGUGCUCUCUGAGUGGCCUUCUGAAGCGGGGGGUAGACCAAUCACCCUUUUAGUCAGUCCUGUGCAAUCUACUCAUAUUCAUGGUGGGUUGAUGUUUGUGAACACGACUGCUAUUGCAUACUGCCAAAUUUUAGCAUACUAACUCGGACUUGAGCGGUGGGUUAUGCAAUAGCGGUUGUGUUCGCAAACGUCACCCCAUUAUGGGUAAUUUUGGGGCAUUCAUGGAAAACACCGCCAUCGCACAAACCCGAAAAUCGGCCAGAUCCAGGCUUUUUGUUGAAUGGUAUCAAUCGUUUUCAUGAACGUCAUGAAAUCACGGCCACUUAGCGAAAGUCUUCGAGAAACAGGGUAUAUCUUUGGCGCAGAUUUCGGUUGCUAGAGGGGAGUGAGGGGGGGUUGUGCGGUUGGGGUUUGUGUAGAGGAGGGGAUAGUUCCACGGGCAAAUAGAAAACCCUUUUCACGAAAAUCCCAGCCGAGUGGUGGACCCACCGUGGGAGCCUGGUUUGCUUUGGGAACCUGUUCGGGUGCCUGGUGUGGUAGGAUCACUCGGGGAACGUUCCCAAUAAAUGUUUAUUUCUGAUAUGCAGUCAAGCGUAUCCUAUGAACCGCCGAAGGGGAAGACCUGUGAUCACUAGUUUGCCAGAAGGGACACCCAUGAUAACUUGGCCGAUACGACGGAGUUCACGGGUUAUCCCCCCCCCUCUAGACUAAUACUCCGACAUACGAGUAUAGCACUCGUAUAGUAUCGUUCCAGGACGCCGAGCCCUCAUGAGCCCUUCUGGGCUAUUAAUAGUGCCCAACUCCCAACUCUGGCGAGAAGCAACCUAAACUUAAUCAUGGCGUCUCACUCGAUAAGGCAAGUGAUAAAUGUUUUUAUCUCCCCCCGGCAGGACUGAUGGUGACGUAUUUCGAGCUUAAAUGGAUUAGAGUAAAGGAACUCAUUCUAGGGCAGAAAAAGGAGUGAACACGAGAAACUAAUACCAGCCGAGCUCUCACCCUUAGGAUGACAGCAGUUAUCAGAAAAUUUCAACCACGAAAGCCUUCCUCUAUGGUUGAGCCGGAGCGCCAUCCCUUGAACGCAAAGGCCUAUACUGAUAUCACAAGAACUGCAGAGCCCAGACACGGUAGAUUUGCCCGAGCGAUAUAUGCAACGAGUUGAUCGUUUCUUAUUCUGGGGGACAUAUACAUCAGCCUCGGUCCCUUGAACCGCUGCAGAAAAAGAAGUGGGAUCAUCCAACUUUAAUAUUAUGACAGGGGCACCGACAGAAAGACUUCCGCUGGGAAUCGGGCUUCUGCCGGCAGGGAGUAAGUGGGUGAUCCAUGUCAUGCCCCUGUCAGAAUUUGUGUUACUUUUCCCGCAUAACCCCACCUUUUUUUUUUAUCAAAGCCUGAGGUUAGGAGGAGGAAGGGCGAGACCACUCGUUGCGUUCCGUUCCUUUUUGAAAGAAUAAAAAACGCCAUAUCUUUUUUUUUUCUGAAGCACGCCAUACAAGUCAUGUGCGUGUUGCAGCGAAAAAAAAUACGGGCACUAAUUCGGAGCUCGGAAUGACAGGGUUGGUAGGGCUUAGCCUCAGGGCCACGCGCCUUUCAAUGGAACAUCAGGUGGCAUAAAUUCUCACUCGGUAAGACACAACAGGCACCACUGAUUCUAUCAACAACCUUCCUGCGGGCAACGACCCGAGUACUCGUACAAAUAUUGUUGGAGAAAGUAUUUGUCAAUAGCGUACAGCACAUCCGAGACCGGUGAUGGCGAGCCCGGUGCGGAUGUGCUCCUCGGAUUAAUUUCCCAAAUUCUUGGGAUUGUGGUGAAAAAAUAGUCUUCUUUCCUGGUCACAUUGGGUGAGGUGGAACGGAUGCAACCACGCGGGUAGGGUAUGAAUUAUCCAGGUGCGACUGACUCUAUCACACAGCCACUGUUUAUAUAAUGUGAAAACCCCUCGAUAUGAUGCAUAUACUACUGGUAGGUAUCGAACAUGGGCAGGAUGAUCGACAGCAAAAGGGAAAAGGGAAAAAAGGAAUGAUACACUGAACAGAUUUCUCGGUCAUCCGUGGCGAAAGGGGGAGGGAAAAAAAAAUAAGUGGGUGCAACACGAGUGUUCCAGUUUUCUCCAUAUUCCAGACGUGCACUGCACCGGCGGGAUAUAAAGACAACCGGUACACCCUAUGCGACAGAACUAUUCGGGGUCUAGUGCAGUUGUGGGGUAGCUUAUUAUCAUUUUUCUUUUUAAGGUAAGAUAGGGAAGUCUUAUUCUGUGCCCGGCCGAAGCUAAUAGGUUUUUUUUUUUCAGAAUUUUCCGCCCAGAGAGAGCCCCAUUUGCUAUCUAAUUUGGCAAACAUGACGGAAACAGGGACACCGAAGAAAUCUUACACCGGCGACGAGAACCUCAACGCACAAACAAGCCUUCUCUCUGGGAGCGAUGAGGAGGCCUCUUUAGAUGUAGCGUCAAUCGUUGGAAUGCCAUUGGCGGCAGAGGAUUCUCACAAACUUACCUUCUUCGAUGGUUACUCGUUGCUGGUGAGCUUCCAGAUAGGAUCGGGACUGUUCUCUUCCCCAUCACAGAUAAACAAUAAUACAGCGUCCCCGGGCGCUGCCGUUCUUGUAUGGGCGGGUGCCGGUCUGCUUGCGUGGGGCGGUGCGACAUGCUUUGCAGAACUUGGAGCAGCAAUACCGGUCAACGGCGGGAUGCAAGAAUAUCUCCAAUACGUCUACGGGGAUUUCGCGGCGCUGCUAGCGUCUUUCACUUGGAUCGCUGCAGUGAAGCCAUGUUCCAUGGCGAUUCUUAGUCUCAUUUUCGCCGAAUACUGGACCCGUGCGAUCUUUGGCGCCGGGGAAAACACUUUCUGGUUGGACAAGUCAUUGGCCAUUGCCGCGUUGGCCUCUCUCACUUUGUUCAAUUCCAUCAGUACCAAGACUUCGUCCAAUCUCAAUGGGAUAUUCUCUUCGAUAAAGAUUAUGACGGUGGGAAUCAUUGCAAUACUCACUAUUUUUGUCAUGUUUACUGGAUUGAAUGCCCGGGGAACUGGACCUAGUCUGGAUUGGAAGACUCGAGAUUGGUUUGCGAAUCGACCUACCGAAGCAGACGGCCACCACGUUGAUUGGGCUUCCUUGACAGCAUGGGAAUCCAUGGGUUAUUAUUCCGCUGCAUUGUGGGCCGGUACUUGGGGAUAUGGUGGUUGGGAUAACGUGAGCUGCCCUUCACAAAACUAAACCGGAGGAGAAUUUUAACCCCCGCGUAAUAGGCCAACUUUGUAGCUGGGGAAAUGCGCAAUACGGCGAGAGAUUUACCAAGAGCGAUUAAUCUAGCUUUGCCAACUGUAAUAGGUUGCUUUAUUCUGACAAAUCUGUGCUACUAUAUCAUCCUUCCGUGGGCUAUCGUUGGCGAAACAGACACCAUUGCAGUGGUAUGCUCUGACCUGGUCUCAAAGACAACAAUACCAUCCAUCUAACAAUUCACAGGCAGUAGGACUGAAGACGUUGGGUACCGUCGGGGGUUUGAUGUUCGCCGUCCUGGUAUCCAUAGCCUGCGCCGGGUCGCUGAACGCCAGCAUAUUUGCGACCGGCAGACUUACAGCAUCCGCCGCAAACAAAGGCCAUAUUCCAAGGUUCUGGGGAGCCAUAGGCUGGCGAGGUUUAUCAGAAGAGAGCACAUCCGCAACCCCCACGUAUGGCGCUAUCGACAGUCCUCCCGAAUCCCUUCACAAACCCCCAACAAGUACUACCUGGAGAACUCCUCUGUGAGCCAUAUCCUAUAUAUACCCACCUGGCCAUUAGCUAGUCUCAUCAAACUGACAAAUUUCCCCUAGUCGAGCGAUGAUCCUAAACUCCCUCCUAACCUGCACCUACAUCAUCCUCGGAAACUUUGGUUCCCUUGUAACAUUCAUCGGAAUAACCGAAUACACAUCCUAUAUCUUCACGAUAUCCGGUCUGAUCUAUCUGCGCUAUACUCAGCCAGAUCUGAGCAGGGCUUAUAGGCCACCCAUGUGGACGCCGGUUUCGUUUCUUGUCGUUUGCUUCUCCUUGGUGCUUCGUGGUAUGAUAUUCGCGCCGGCCCAGACGGGCAUUUUGGUGAUGUAUACCUGCCUAGUUGGCCUUUACUACAAAUAUUCCUGGAAGGGAAGGCAGAGGGUGAGGAUCUGAUGGGGUUUGUAUAGUACAGUACAUAGAUCACUGCGGUAGAUAGAAAUUGGCAUCAUCAUACUGCGUUCAGAAUCAGGAUUGAAUGCAGGAAAAAAAAAAGAAUACUGUUCCGGGUGGAGCGGGCUUUGGGUAAUGAUUAACUCAUGCUUUUCCU